GUGAAUGAAUAAAAUAAAAUACCACUGGGCGGCUUAGUAUUUUUUCUGAGAAACUAAGAUUAGUUUUUAUGCCUAAUAAAAUACUACUCGCAAAAUUACCUCCACGUUAAGCGGUUCAAAAGUUAAAGAAGCGAAGAAGUAGCAGAGAAGCAGAGGAGAAGCAAGCUCGAGCAGAUACAUCAGCGCAUGUUUUGUUUUAUUAGCUUUUUUAGAAAGUCGGAAACGAACAGGCUUUUCUUUUUUUUUUAUUCCCUACUAGGAAGAGCAUAUAUACGUAUAUAUAUAUAAUAUAGCAUGUUCACUAUUCCCCUUUUUUUUUUUUUUUUUUUUCUCACUCGUGCUGAUGUAAAGAUAAGUGAAAAUAAAUAACUCAGUGAGUUAUUAUGUAUUAUAUGAAGAAUCGCCAUCUUUCCCGCUUCCUAAUUUUUUACUGUUUUAGCUAACCUUGUUUUUAUCAUACGGAUCGUGUAUCCCUUUUUAUUUCGCCAUUUUUUUUUCCCCCCCGGCGCCCCCUUUUUGUUUUUAUUACCAUUUUAUGUUGCCACCUUUUUUUUUAUUUACAAGUGCGAACGAAUGAUGGAGACAAAUUCUGAGCGUCAUUCUAAUGCUUCCGUAGCUGCGUCUUAUUAUGAGGAUUGCAAUCAUGUGGAUAGAAAGGGGGCAGGCGUUUGUAAGUCUGCCAAUGUGGGUGCUUCAGAAGGGGGCCAUAAGACUGGCAGGUUUGGCAUUCCCCUGUUUUUUGUGAAGGCCUUCGUCUUUGUGAGCUUCGUCAUGCUGUUGCAGUUUUGUUCUCCUAGUAUGAGCGCGCUCCAAACCGGAGUACAUACCCAUGGCGGCCCCGGCAGCACAGCAGCAGGGAGCCACUACCCCAACAAGGCAAGAGGCAACAGAAUUCUAAUCGAAUGUUUAAAAAACUUAAAUACGACUUAUGAAACGUUGGAGCAGAACAUCGUGGAUAAGAUAGAAAAUAUUUACGAACAGCAGAGACGAAACAUCGCAUCCAAAAUAAUGGCAUUUAUAAAAAAAAUUGAUUUAAUUUUGGAAAAAGAAAUUGUAAAGACGUUAAAAUAUAUCGAUGCCGAGAAGGAUGAGCCUAUUAAAUGUGGUUUAAAUUUUUACGAGAAAAUGAAAAAGUUCUUUUCUGGACUGAAGAUCUUUUCUACCCCUGUUUUGGGUACCUUUGCCGCUUUUACUGCGUACUACUUUAAGGCCCAAGCCUUUACCGCCAUGCUCAGUUUGACCGUCGCCUUUUUGCCCCUCAUGUCUACGUGCUACUUGAUGUAUAAAGUGUUUAAAAUACGUAGUGAUAUGUCUAAGUGAAGCUCCGAGGUUGCUUGAUUGUGCAAAGACGAGUGAAAUUGGCCCACAUGUCAGUGGAGGAUCGAAGCGAUCCUCUUCUGGGGCUCUCCCCCACGUCAUUUCUCAAAAAAGGGGUACACACAAAUGUUUAUAUGUAUUUAUUUAUACAUGCUUACAAGUGUAGAAGGAGAAAAGGUAGGGGCGGGCAGAUCCCCAGAGUGAGUGCGCCAAGGCGAGUAGGCAAAAAAUUUCACCUUUCACCGAACGUUCCUCCAUCUUGUGGUGGCUUCAACUGUUAAGCAUGCCGACGCGCGACGCGCAGGAUCGAGAGGGGACUUGCACGCAUAUUCCUCCUGAGCCCUCCACAUAUAUAUACAUAUAUACAUAUACAUUUCUUCACAUGCACGCGGUUGCUGAAGCCGGCCUUUUUAUUUGUUCCCAUUUUUUCCUUUUUUUUGUACCUUCAAUGCAUGCCAUGUCUCCCCCCUCCCUCACCGGUGUUCACCAGCGCGCAGAGUGGCAGCGACGCGUGCGCACGUGUGUGCGUGUUUAUAUGCCCUCACCUAUGUGUGCGUUGCGCUUCCCACCUUAUCCCCACAACGGAAAUAGAUUAAUGGCUUAAAGAAAACUUUCACCACUUCUCCUCCCAUGUUGGAAGCUCACUUUUAAUAAAUCAACUU